AAAAGAAAAGACAGAGCAGUAUGUGAGAAGCAGUCAGAGAGAGGCAGAGAGGGAAGCUGAGAGAGCAAGCAAAGUGCUUGGGCUGAGGAAGUCUCCCAGGUGCACUGUAGAAGCUUUUUGGAAAUGGAUACAAGGACCAUCUGCUGCCUAUAGGUCAGGGGACUGUGGACUGAGGGUGGAGAGGCAGAGUUUAUGGAUCUUUUAAAUAAAAGCUAAGUUAUGCCUGACAGAUUUGCCAAGACGUCAUGAGAACCUUCCUGCACGGGAUGCUAAUGUAUAAAUUCAAGCUACAGAGACCUAUAGCAUAGCUUACUUUGGUAUUAAUAAUAAUAAAAAAGCAGAAGCAAUGCAAGGAAUAUUACAAUAAAUUCCACGGUGGUUAUCUGAUUUGUUUACCAAGAUAAAAAAACAAACAUCAGCCUGCUACUACUGUGGAGUUCAUGAAGCACUGCAUUUAAUGUCGAGAGAUGCUAGACAUUAAAUCUGACAACUGUGAAAAGAGAGAUCAUGGAGAAGUCAAGUAGCGAGGAUUCUUCAAUUCACCGGAGUCCAUCUUUGGAUAGCAAGGACUCAGACUUUGCUAAACCUUCUACCUCAGGGAGGCAGUUUGGUAGCGGUUUCACUGCUGGAGCUUUCUAUGAAUUUAAGAAGUGCAACAUGGCAAGAGGCUGCCUGUGUUGUUUGAAAUACAUGAUGUUCCUUUUCAAUUUAAUAUUUUGGUUAUGUGGUUGUGGACUCUUGGGCGUGGGGAUAUGGCUAUCAGUGUCGCAAGGAAACUUUGCCACGUUCUCUCCCAGCUUCCCAUCCCUUUCCGCUGCCAACCUUGUCAUCGCCAUUGGUACAGUCAUAAUGGUGACCGGCUUCCUGGGGUGCCUGGGUGCUAUCAAGGAAAACAAGUGCCUCCUUUUGAGUUUUUUCAUCGUUUUGCUGAUAAUUCUCCUGGCAGAACUGAUUUUACUAAUCCUGUUCUUUGUUUAUAUGGACAAGAUCAGUGACAGCGCAAAGAAGGAUUUGAAAGAAGGCCUGAUGCUUUACAAUACAGAUGAUAAUGUUGGACUAAAGAAUGCAUGGAAUAUCAUUCAAGCAGAGAUGCAGUGCUGUGGUGUUAAUAAUUUUACUGAUUGGUACCCAGUGCUGGGGGACAACACUGUUCCAGACCGAUGCUGUACAGAAAAUUCCCAAGGCUGUGGGCGAAAUUCUACUAAUUUACUGUGGAAGACGGGCUGUUAUGAGAAAGUUAUGAUGUGGUUUGAUGAUAACAAGCAUGUUCUUGGGACAGUGGGGAUGUGUAUCCUUAUCAUGCAGAUACUUGGGAUGGCCUUCUCCAUGACACUCUUCCAACAAAUUCAUAGGACUGGUAAAAAAUACGAUGCCUAAACCUUUGAAACGUUAGCUGCAUCUACACUUCUGUCUUGCCAUUAAAAACAAAACAAAACAACUGAAAAGAGUAUCCAGCUUUGCCCUGCUGAGGGCAGUCAUCCCAUCAAUCAAUCCUUCAUCAUUACUUGACUGAUUACUAGCACAACUUGUUACUUGACUUACCUUUUUUUUUGUCUGUUUAUGCAUUUGCCAUUUAUUGCCAAAGAAAACAAAAAUAAUAAAAAACAAAUCAGUUUUCUACACUAAUUCAUAGAUCUGCUAUUAAACUUUUUCCCUAACUUUAUUUAAGAAAAUGCUUUGCUCUACUAAUUGGUGUUAGACAUGCAAAGAUAAUGUGACAGAUGUGUGCUUAACUUCUAGAGAGAAUUCUUUGAAGUCUUCUGCUAAGUCUCAAACUGCUCAUAUCUGAUAUACUGGAAGACUUGGGAAAGCCACUCAAACUGAAUUCCUUAGGAAAUGGAGCUGCUUGCUUGCAGCUUUUUGUACCUUACGGUGUAUACUUUUUUAUUAUUAUGGAGGUAGUAUAGAAUUGAGUAGCCUGAUUUAUAACUUUUUACCUUUUUUUUCAUCUAUCAUCUUUUAAGCUAGGAACCAUUGUGCGAUCUUUGAAGGGUGUGUCUUUUUUUUCCUAAAGUUAGCAGUUUAAAAGGUGGAAAUAAAAACAUGACUUCUAAAGUCCAUAACUAGGCUAACUUAAACUGUAGCUACUGAGCUACUGCCACUUUGUGUCUUUACUGGGAAGGUGGUAGUCCUCGGGAGGCUGAUUCCUUUUAGAACCAGAUUUUGAUGUUCCUACUCUCACUAAGCAAGAUGGUAAAUUCCUCCUUCAGAGUAAGCUAGACUGCGAUGCCUUUACCCAUGUUGUUUAGAGCCAUCAUUUCAUUGGGAGUUUAGAUACUAAAGUCUUGUUCUGGAUCUGAUCCUACAUCUUUAAGUAGUUCCCCCUGAUAUGACUAUUUGGGCAUCAUACUGUUCAGUGUGAGUAGAGACAUCAGAAUUUCAAAGGUGAAGGAAGGGUUCAAGAUCUAGCCCACUGAGUAGCAGUUUACAAGUCAUCCCACUGAUUCUGGAUAGGAUGGCAAUGGUGUGAGAUGUUCUUCUGCAUGAAUAAGAAGAGCACAAUUAGGCUCAUUGUAUUCAUCAUUGCUCACUUUCCCAAAAGGAGUUGCCUUGACAAUGGUUGCAAUCGUGCGGAGCUGGCAGGGUAACUUUGAGCAAUAAUGGAGGUAAAGUCAAGUGGAGGGAUGGUUUGGUGAAUGUCCCAGUGGAACGGGAACGGGGUGAUUUCACUUACCAUUUUGCUAUGAAAUCAGUUACUGGAUAGAUAGGUGCUCAAAACCGGUGUGUGUCUUUCCACAUUCAGCACGGACAAAUAUCUUUUGGUUUUCCAUGUCCUGCUUACCAAGUGGUAGCUUAGAACUCAUCACAAUACACAUCUCUACUGACAUUCCUGUUAGAAAACUUGAACAUAUACCUCUCUCUAGUUUUAAUGCUGCUUCAUUCUUUGUUGGCCCCUGCUUACCUUUUCAUGUUCUUUGCAGAGAGAGGUCUCUCUUACGUUUUGCUGCUUCACGAAGGUAUGAACGAAAAUGAAAAUUCAGCUAUUUCAUGGCACUCCAGUUUUAAACACAUUUAAAAACAAAUUCGUUAACAAUUGAGCUCAGUUAUUGAAAUGGACAGAUGUUCACUAUCUGUUAUCAGAGCAGUACUUAAAACCUUGGAUUUCUGAUUUUCAUUUACAUUCAGUCUGCAGUGUCCUUCCUCUUCAUUACUCUGUUGGCUCAGCAGCCACAGUGGGGCUGAAUGAAGUCUUUUCCACUCAUUCAGUUUCUGUGGUCUAGUAUUUGCUGAGCGUUCAGACACAGUUCCUUGGCUUGUACCGGCAGCAUCUGGGAUUCCAAUGUGGUCUACCAUUCAAGUACUAGCCAGGCCUAGGACUGCUUAGGUUUCAAAGACCAGUCAAGAUGAAGUGUUUUCAGUCUGGCAUAGCCACAUAGUCUGGUAGCAUAAAGUGGCCUUACUUACAAUAGGGGGAAAAGGGCCUUUUUCACUUUCAGGCUCUCUUCAGUCACAGUGCUGUGUCUCUUACACAGUCACAGUGCUGUAAAGGGACACUUGUUUAAAUGAGAUCAGUCCUUGAGAAUCUAACCAAUGUUUUUAAACUUGGAAGUCUACUGAAAGGCACUUGCAUUAGUAGUUAGCCACCUAAGUAAAUGGACUGAUAUUCAGAGUGGCUGAACCUAGUUCAUACCUGUUGAACAAAAUGACACUGUACAAGCUCAGAAACUCUGAAAAUCAAGCGGCAUAUUUAGAUGUCUGGAAGGCGGUAUUAGGUUGCUAACUUGAGGCUCCUGUGUUUGAAACUGUUGGCUCUAAUGCCUGCAUAUGUUGGUGAGUGCAGGGUAACAAAAUCAAGUCCCUCCUAAGUAGCUGUUGGGUUGCAUAUACCCUAUGGUUAUUCUUCCACUGGCAAACUGAGGUUUCAUUCAUAUUUCCUUUUAAAGACUUGAGAAAGGAGGGGAAAAAAGAAAAAGCUGGGUUUACUUUUAAUUGUAACAAAAAUUGGGACCAUAAGUGUUGGAGUUCCAUCUGAUACCUUCUGUAUCAAGAAUGGGAGCACUGGCACUAAGCAUAUUUGCUGCUAUGCAUAAAGGUUUUAUCCAAAGUUCAGAAAAGCCAACAAGUUUGAAUUUUUGGGCUUUUUUCCAUUCAUAGCUCUACUUCUUAUCAUUGAUAGUAGAGUCAUUUUGGGUUCUCUUGUGAAAAUACAAUGGUUUUCUCUCUCAAAGACACAGAAGGGUGUUAAAACAAGCAAGGGCAUGAUGCUAAUUCUUUGAAGGUCGCACAGUGGUACCUGAUGAAUCUUAAAUUUUAAUCUGUGGUUGGUUUUUGUAAAAAAAAAAAA